UGUAUGUAUUGGACCUGGUACUUGGCUAAUGACAUGCAAUUUUACUUCAUCAGUCCAUUGCUGUUGCUUGUCUUAUAUAGAUCCAAGUACCUUGGCAUAAGCCUGGUAGCUACCUUAUGCACUGCUAGCAUCAUCACAACCUGUGUCUUGAUGGGUGUCAAUCAAUUCUCAAAUGCCUUCAAAGGAUCCAUGGAUACUCGACCUGGUGGUGAGGAUUAUUCAUCUGUAGUGUAUGAUAAACCGUACUGCCGUAUCACUCCCUACCUGAUUGGCAUGCUUCUUGGAUACGCAAUGGCUCGGUUAAAAACCAACAAUCAGCGUGUCAAACUGUCUCCCAUAGCAGUGUUUGUGGGCUGGACAUUUUCUAUUGCUUUACUUACCACAGUUGCUUUUGGUCUUUAUGGUUCCUAUCAUGGUGACCCCAUGACUGUUGUGGCUAGAGCAUUGUAUGAGGGUCUGAGUCGAUUUACUUGGUCAGUUGCCCUCAGUUGGGUCGUGUUUGCAUGCUUCUAUGGAUAUGGAGGGUGGGUUAACCAGCUGUUAAGCAGUGGAUUAUGGGUACCUCUAAGUCGGCUCGUCUUCAAUGCAUAUCUUGUUCAUCCAAUCAUGAUCAAGGUUUUCAUUUUCAGCAUGUUCGAGCCAAUUCAUUAUUCAUAUACGAUGAUGAUUUUCUAUUACUUUGCAUUUAUUCUGUCGUCAUUUAUGGUUGCCAUGUAUAUAUUCCUAGUUGUUGAGCUUCCAUUUUCUAACUUGGUUGAAUUAUUUACUACAAAAAAAUAUCGGAAAGAGGGUCCAAAAGCAAAUGAAGAAAAUAAUGCGAGAAGAAAGCAGUGUGAUGAACAAGUGUGAGAAGAUUGGGGAAAAAGAUAAAGCAAAAUAUGACUGUACAUAGAUUAUUUAUACAAAAUUAAAGAUAGAGGUAUUUUUAAUGUCUUAUUUAUUUAUUAAUUACAAAAGUAAAGAUACGGUAAAACAUAAAAUAGAAGCACAGUGGGCUUAAUCUCGAGAAGAAGCCCAUCUCAAAUUAAAGCCCCCUCUUUAGUUUGUAAAAUUAGCCCAUAGUUGGCUUCUUUUGUAAGAUAGCAUGGGCUUCUUUCCGAGGGAGUACAGUACAUACACUGUACAGGAAUUUUAAAAAAUGAAAUAGAUUAAAAACACGCUUGGUUUAGUACUGUAGUUUCGGUGAUUUAAUGCCGGUUAA